GCUGAUAAGGCAUUGAGGUCUUCAGCCAGAGGAGAGAGCACGCUGUGGCUUCAGCGUGGGCGCACGUUUAGGCUGCUGCCACGGCCGAACAGUCACACGCUGUCCUUUCCCCCACCGGCAUGGCAACCUCUACUGCUUCCCACCGGCCCCUCAAGGGGAUUUUGAAGAACAAAAGCUCCACUGCUUCUAACGUCGCGGCCUCCAACCAGCAGUCCGGUGGGGUCAUCCCGGAGGUAAAAAGAAAGAAGUCCCAAAAGUGGGACGAAUUGAACAUCUUGGCGACUCACCGUCCAGCAUUCAGAGACUACGACUUCAUGAAGAUAAACGAACCCAGCAGUCCCCACCUCGGCCAGCCAGAUGAUGGGGAAGACGCACUGACUGAUCUCGAGGCCAAAGAAGCCAUGCCCCCGGACAUGUUAGCUAAGAAACUAGCCGCCUCCAAGAUCUACAGCCAGGAGGAGGAGCCUGAAAACGACGAACCACACUGCAGCAAGAGCCUUUUCGAUCAGCAGGAAAAGGAGCAGCCGUUCGAAGUGAAAAGGAAGCUGCACUACAAUGAAGGCAUGAACAUCAAGCUCGCUAGACAACUGAUCUCGAAAGACUUUGACGACGACGAAGAAACUCUGCCUGAGAACAACGAAGACAACACUCCUGCUGAAGAAUCGAAUGAAGGCGCCGCGACCGAUGAACUUCAAACCCGCUCAUGCCAGGUCUAGACAGCAUCACCUCCACUCCUUACCCGUUCGCGGCAUACAAACUCCCUUCCAUUCCAUCAUGCUGCUGCUGCCUUAGAACUGCUUUCACCUAGAAAUACUUGUCAGUUGCGUUGUACCUCUGUAAUUAAAUGGUAAUCGUAGGAAAUAAUAACCUACCUGCAAACUGA